AUGUCAAUCAUGUUGGCUCCUCCUCCUCUGAUCUUUCUCCUCAUGAUUCACGGAGUUUAUAGUGCUGAUGAUGAGUGGAGUGUGAAUUACAGCUCUUCAUUCAUCUGUGCACUAAAGGGUUCAACAGUGAUAAUAAACUGCACUUAUAAAUACCCUACUGGACAUCAGAUCAUGAAGAUGUUCUGGACUAAGAUUAACAGUCAAAAUCCUCCAGAUCUGUCUGAGGACUCUGAAUACAGUCAGAGGAUUCAGUAUCUGGGAGAAAAACAUCACAACUGCACCAUGAGCCUGACUGAUGUGAGACAGACAGAUUCACACAAAUACUACUUUAGAUUCAUCACGGAUAAACCAGAUGGGAAAUGGCUUGGAAAACCUGCAGUGAAUCUUGAUAUCACAGAUCUUCAGUUGGAGUCUUCAGGUGAGAGAGUGAUAGAGGGACAUUCAGUGACUCUUACAUGUAAAAGCAGAUGCAGUCUGACUGACAGAUCAACAUUCAUCUGGUUUAAAAACACACAGUCAUUAAGUGAAAGAACAGACAGAAACAAUCAACUCAUCCUGCAGUCAGUAAGAAGAGAGUAUACAGGCAACUAUAGCUGUGCUGUACAGGGACACAAUCUCACAUCAACUCAUCAAUAUCUAAAUGUCAUCUAUGCUCCAGAUAAACCUGCAAUCUCUAUCAAUCCAUCUGGUGAAAUAAUGGAGGGAGAUUCAGUGAAUCUGACCUGCAGCAGUGACGCCAAUCCACCUGUUCACAACUACACCUGGUUCAAGAAGAAUAAAACUGUUGCAUCUGGCCAAACCUACAUCAUCUCAAAGAUCAGAUCAGAUCAGAGUGGAGAAUACAAGUGCAAGUCAAUUAAUGAACUUGGACAAAGAUAUUCAGCAGUGACAUUAAAUGUUUUAUAUCCUCCAAAGAAGGUGACAGCAUCCAUCAGUGGAUCUGGUGAAAUAAUGGAGGGUGAUUCAGUGACUCUGACCUGCAGCAGUGAAUCAAAUCCACCUGUUCAGAACUACAGCUGGUUUAAGAAGAAUGAAACAUCAUCUGUUGGAUCUGGACAGACGUACAGCAUCACUAACAUUAACUCCAGACACAGUGGAUGGUUUUACUGUGAGGCUCAGAAUAAAGUGGGAUCUCAGAGAUCUGCUGCUGUAUCACUCAAUGUUAAAGGUAUGAAACUGUGA